CAAUAACUUGAAUCUACCUCUGGCCAUCUCAUUUAACAUGCAAAAGUUGAUGAUAAAAAGGCCUAAGGAUUUUCAUCUCCAGUUUUAUAUUACUCCUAAAAAUGAAUUCAAAACAACCAAUUGUUUGCUUAUCAUCUUUCUCUCACAUUCAUUUGAUCUUUUAUACUCUUGUUAUAUUUCUUACUUCCACAACCAUCUCAGCUGCCUAUGUAGGCCAAAAUGAGACUGAUCAUCAGGCUUUGCUCAAUAUCAAGUUGAUGAUCACUCAUGAUCCAUACGGAGCUCUAACCUCAUGGAACAGUUCCACGCAUUUCUGUGAUUGGGCUGGUGUUACAUGUGGGAAGAGGCAUAGAAGGGUGACUUAUUUACGACUGAUCUCGCAAGGUCUAGAAGGCUCUUUGUCUCCUCAUGUAGGGAACCUCAGCUUCCUCCGUCGACUUUACCUUUGGAAUAACAGUUUUCAAGGAGCCAUCCCUCAUGAACUCGGCCGCCUUUCUAGGCUACGUGUUCUUUCUCUGUAUACAAACAAAUUCAACGGGGUCAUUCCAGCUAACAUAUCCGGUUGUUCUAACCUUGUAGAGAUCGGUCUUUCAGAAAACGAGUUAGUUGGAAGCAUACCCAAAGAGAUCAGUUUCCUCCCAAAACUUAGUUUCCUAUUACUUCAAUAUAAUAAGUUAACGGGUGGAAUCUCACCUUUCUUAGGGAAUAUUACAACAAUGGUAGUGUUUGCUACUCAUGGAAAUCCUUUAGGUGGGAGCAUUCCAGACACCUUAAGCCAUUGGAAAAACUUGGAACAAAUUUACUGCAGUCAUUGUAAUUUAUCCGGGACCAUCGCUCCCAUGUAUAACCUUUCACUCCUAACCGAGGUUCGCUUCACUAAUAAUCAAUUGACAGGCAGCCUUCCUCUAGCCUUAGGUACAAUGCUCCCACAACUCGUUUCUCUUUAUUUAUGGGGUAACCAACUAACCGGGCCUCUUCCACCAACAAUUUCUAAUUGCUCAAGAUUGUCGGAUCUUCAAAUGAACAAGAACAAGUUUCGUGGAAAGUUGACGAUUGACUUUUCAAAACUGAGAGAUAUAUAUUUUAUAACCAUCGGUUCUAACAACUUUGGAAGCAAAGAAAUUGAUGAAAUGAAGUUUAUUAAUUCUUUGGAAAAUUGUACCAAAUUAAAGUACCUGGAUAUUUCCGACUGCAAUUUUCAAGGAGUGCUCCCGAGUUCUAUAGGUAAUCUUUCUGAUCAACUCAGCUAUUUAUCUUUAGAGCUAAAUCAGUUACAUGGAAACCUCCCUUUAUCAAUUGGCAAUCUAGCUGGCGUGAGCAGUUUAUAUUUAGCAACAAACCAUUUCACUGGAAGUAUUCCCUCAACCAUUGGUAACCUUCAAACGCUACAAGUACUUGAUUUACACAAAAACCAACUUUUAGGAAGAAUACCUGAUACCAUAGGGAAUUUAUCAUUGUUGAUCACACUUUCUUUAUCUUCAAACAAGUUGGAAGGGGCUAUCCCAUCAAGCCUUGGAAAUUGUCGUCGUCUAUUAGAGUUAGACCUUGGUGACAAUAGACUUAACGGAAAAAUACCCACACGACUUCUUCAACUUUCAUCUCUGUCCAAAACUUUGAAUCUUUCUCAAAACAAUUUGUUUGGGUCACUUCCAAUGGAGGUUGGAUACCUCAAGAUGUUGAGCGCUCUGGAUUUAUCUUAUAAUAAUUUAUCAGGAAACAUUCCUAGUGGCCUUGGUGAUUGUGAUAGCCUUACAAGAUUGAUCCUUAAAGGCAACUUAUUUCAAGGUAUAAUGCCAUCAUCAUUAAGUUCCUUGAAAGGAUUGUUGGAACUUGAUAUUUCUUAUAAUAAUUUAUCGGGGCAAAUUCCUAAAUUUUUGGAACAGUUGAAGUUAGAACAUUUAAAUUUGUCAUAUAAUGAUUUUGAGGGUCAAGUACCAAUGCUUGGAGUGUUCUCGAAUGAAAGUGCAUUCUCUGUUUUUGGGAAUAGUAGGCUUUGUGGUGGCUUAACCGAACUAGGUUUACGAAGAUGCAAGGAGAUGAAAAAACAAACAAAAAGGUUUCCUUUGUUUGUAAUAGUCAUUUUGGUGGCAUCCACCCUUUUCAGCAUAAUAUGUUUAGCAUAUGUUUGUUGCAAAAAGAAAAUUAAGAGACAACUAUCUCAAUCAUCAAAAAGUAGUGGAUUCUUGAAAGUUUCCUACAAACAACUUUUCAAGGCUACCAAUGGGUUCUCGGAGGCUAAUUUGAUUGGAAAUGGUGGGUUCAGUUCCGUUUAUAAAGGAAUCCUUAAUGAAGAUGAUGAUAGAUAUGUUGCAAUCAAAGUUCUUCAUCUUCAAAAUCGAGGAGCUCAAAGAAGCUUUAUGAGGGAGUGUGAAGUUUGGAGGAACAUACGACACAGGAAUGUAUUGAGGGUAAUAACUUCAUGUUCUAGUGUUGACUUUCAAGGAAAUGAUUUCAAAGCUUUGGUAUACGAGUUCAUGCCCAAGGGAAGUUUACAUGAUUGGUUACAUUCAAGUGAAAGUACAUCGAGACUCAACCUUCUUCAAAUAAUAAAUAUUCUUAUGGAUGUAGCAUGUGCACUUGAUUAUAUUCACAAUCAAUGCAUACCUGCUGUUGUUCACGGUGACUUGAAGCCUAGCAACAUUCUACUUGAUGAUGACAUGGUAGCUCAUAUAGGGGACUUUGGUUUAGCUCGCUUUCUAGGAACAACUUCAUACCAAACCAACUCAACUAUGAAUAGAGGAACAAUUGGUUACAUUGCUCCAGAGUAUGGUAUCGGGAAUGAGAUGACAAGUAGUGGAGAUAUUUAUAGUUUUGGGAUAUUAUUACUCGAGGUGAUGACCGGAAAAAAACCAACCGACGACAUCUUUCAGGAUGGCCUUAGCCUUCAUAAAUUUGCUUCCAUGUCCUUGCCAGACCAUGUAACCAAUGUUAUUGACGUUAACAUUGUAAACACUUAUCAAGAGAAAGAGACUGCUACUAAAAAUAAAGUAGUAGAUGAAAAGAAAUUAAAGGAAUGUCUGGCAUCAACAAUCAAGAUUGGAGUAUCAUGUUCUGUGGAUUCCCCGCAACAACGGAUGGACAUAAAAAACGUUGUACGUGAAUUACUGCAUAUUCUGAAUGCACUUCAAGAUAUUUGAGGAUAUUGUGAAUUUGGAGGGCAGCAGCUGGCAAAGGGACUGGAAGUGAAACCUGGAAUAACGGAAGGGUCUUUUUGGAGCAGCAGCUGUUUUGUACUUUAUAUAAAUAGAUUUCUAUUUACUGAUUCUGAUUGUUGGUUUGCUAUCAAACAGGUUUCAUUUGAGUUGUGUAUUUCUGAUUUGAGUUUUUCUUGUUUUAAUAAACUCAUUGGUGUUAAUCUCUAAUAUGAGUUCUUUGUUGGGUUGUGGAGGAUUUGACUAGUAGGGGUGUUCUUAGUUACACUCUUUCUGUAUCUAGCAGGGGUGUUCUGUGUUAUACUCCUCCUGCAGCUAGCAGGAGUAUUCUCUGUUAGUAAACUUUAAAGUCAACAACCCUAAUUGUAACCCCUAUAUAUACUUCUUAUUCAUGUCUGUAAACCUUUGAGCACCUAAUAAAGAAAAGAACUAGUUGUGGGAGUGGAUGUAGGUCAGAUUAGACCGAACCACUAUAAAUCUUGUGUUCUUGUUCUUGUGAUUUAGAGUGUGUGAGUGUGUGUGCUUG